AUGGGCAAACUACGGCCCGCGGGCCACAUACGGCCCGUUAGGCUUUUUAAUCCGGCCCGCCGAACUUGUCCAAAUUAUAGUAAAAACCUCCUUUUUUUCCCCUUUCCCUGCAAUGCCCACGUUUCCCCAAUAGAUGGCGCACUCAAAACACAUUGACCGUUGUUGGAGUGGCGCGUAUUUCUCUUUAUUUCACUUUAAUUUUCACUUCGUUUCACGUCACCAUUAAGCCCUUCUGUGAAAAUGAGCGGACCAAAGAGAAGGAAAGUGGACAGCGAAUGCCGAGUGUUUAAUAAGGAGUGGACAACAAAAUACUUCUUCACUGAAGUCCGAUCAACGGCUGUAUGUCUGAUAUGCCAAGAAGCUGUUGCGGUUUUUAAAGAGUACAAUAUCAGCCGUCACUUUGCCACGAAGCAUGCAAACUAUGCUAGCAAGCAGUCAACACAAGAACGGGCGGCUACUGCUCAGAGGUUGGCAGCUAAUUUACAGAGUCAACAGAACUUUUUUCACCGACAAACUGCAAUUCAAGAGUCAAGUACCAAGGCAAGUUAUUUGCUGGCAUUCAAAUUAGCAAAGGCUAGCAAGCCUUUCUCCGAAGGCGAGUUUUUGAAAGAGUGCAUGGUAGAGACAGCAGGUCUCUUGUGUCCGGAGAGCAAAGCCAAGUUUGAAAAAAUCAGUUUAGCACGCAGGACAGUGACUCGCCGCGUGGAACUGAUUGACGAAGAUAUAGUCAGCGAGUUAAACAAAAAGGCGGAGUCCUUUAAGUUAUAUUCACUAGCACUGGAUGAAAGUAACGACAUAAAAGACACUGCUCAGCUCCUAAUUUUUAUCCGAGGGAUUAACGACAGUUUUGAGAUAACGGAGGAGCUUUUGAGCAUGGAAUCACUGAAAGGGAAAACGCGAGGAGAGGACUUAUAUGAACAGGUGUCUGCUGUCAUCGAGAGAAUGAAGCUACCUUGGAGUAAACUUGCCAAUGUCACCACGGAUGGAUCGCCAAAUUUAACUGGAAAAAACAUCGGGCUGCUGAAAAGAAUCCAGGAUAAAGUGAAAGAAGAAAACCCUGACCAGGAUGUUAUUUUACUUCACUGCAUCAUUCAUCAGGAGUCUCUGUGUAAGUCUGUAUUGCAGCUUAAUCACGUCGUGGAUCCAGUUGUAAAACUUGUUAACUUCAUACGAGCAAGGGGACUUAAUCAUCGUCAGUUCAUUACGUUCCUGGAAGAAACUAAUGCGGAUCACCAGGACCUACUUUACCACUCUCGCGUCCGCUGGUUAAGUUUGGGGAAAGUGUUUCAACGAGUCUGGGAGCUCAAAGACGAGAUUCGCUCAUUUUUUAAUUUAAUGGGGAAAUCCGAAGAAUUCCCCGAGCUGAGCGACACAAACUGGCUUUGUGACUUUGCGUUUGCUGUGGACAUAUUUUCACACAUGAAUGAGCUGAACGUGAAGCUACAGGGGAAAGAUCAGUUUGCGCACGACAUGUACACAAAUGUGAGAGCCUUCAAAUCCAAGCUGGUUUUAUUCUCCAGGCAAAUGUCAAACAAAUCUUUCGCACAUUUCCCCACACUAGCCGUGCAGAAAGAGGCCGCCCGAAAUGCGAAGAAAUACUGCAAAUCACUGGACGAUCUGCACAGAGAAUUUUGCCGUCGGUUCUGUGAUUUUGAAAAAAUUGACAAGUCACUUCAACUGGUGUCCUGUCCCCUGUCACAAGACCCCGAAUCAGCACCGCAGGAGCUGCAAUUGGAACUGAUCGAUCUUCAGUCUGACUCCGUCUCAAAGGAGAAGUUCAAGUCUCUUAAACUGAAUGACUUUUACGCUUCACUUAACGAGACCGCGUUUCCAAACCUCCGGAGGACGGCGCAGAAGAUGCUGGUGUUGUUUGGCUCGACCUACGUGUGUGAGCAGACGUUUAGCGUCAUGAAAAUCAACAAAGCCCAUCACAGAUCCAAGUUAACUGACCAACACCUCAGAUCUGUCCUGAGAAUUGCCACAACAAAACUAACUCCAGACUUUGAUGCACUGGCAAAAAAGGGAGACCAACAACACUGUUCCCACUGAAAUGGACCUGAGCCCUAGGACCAUACGUCGGGACUACCGGCCGUGGUGACUCCUUGCUGCCCCCAGUCCGCCUGGCCUUGCUGCUAUUCCAGUUUCAACUCUUCUGCCUGCGGUUAUGAAACCCCUACCUGUCCCAGACCUGCUGUUUUCAACUCUUAAUGAUCGGCUAUGAAAAGCCAACUGAGAUUUAUUCCUGAUUAUUAUUUGACCAUGCUUGUCAUUUAUGAACAUUUUGAAAAUCUUGGCUCUCUCUAAUUUUUUCCUUCUCUCUUUCUUUCUCUCGGAGGACCUGGGCCCUAGGACCAUGCAUCGGGACUGCCGCCCGUGGUGACUCCUUGCUGUCCCCAGUCCGCCUGGCCUUGCUGCUAUUCCAGUUUCAGCUGUUCUGCCUGCGGUUAUGGAACCGCCACCUGUCCCAGACCUGUUGUUUUUCAACUCUUAAUGAUCAGCUAUGAAAAGCCAACUGAAAAUUAUUCAUGAUUAUUAUUUGACCAUGCUUGUCACUUAUGAACAUUUUUGAACAUCUUGGCAUAGUUCUGUUAUAAUCUCCACCCGGCACAGCCAGAAGAGGACUGGCCACCCCUCAUAGCCUGGUUCCUCUCUAGGUUUCUUCCUAGGUUUUGGCCUUUCUAGGGAGUUUUUCCUAGCCACCGUGCUUCUACACCUGCAUUCUAGCUGUUUGGGGUUUUAGGCUGGGUUUCUGUACAGCACUUCGAGAUAUUAUCUGAUGUACGAAGGGCUAUAUAAAAUAAAAUUGAUUGAUUGAUUGAU